CUUUCGUUUUUUAUCUUCAGAAAGGCAAAAUAGAACUUGGCAGCAGCCAGAAACGUUAAACUACCAGGAAUGCCAAAAAAAGCUCUCGAUUCUCGUAUUCCAGCACUUAUAAAGAAUGGCUGUCAGGAAAAACAACGAAGUUUUUUCGUUGUUGUCGGUGACAAAGCUCGAGAUCAGGUUGUAAAUCUUCAUUGGUUACUAUCUCAGUCGAAGGUUGCAGCUCGUCCCAAUGUACUUUGGAUGUAUAAAAAAGAUUUAUUGGGAUUUACUAGUCACCGUAAGAAACGAGAGAAUAAAAUCAAGAAAGAAGUCAAGAGGGGAAUCCGUGAUCCUAAUUCGGAGGAUCCUUUUGAGCUUUUCUGCAGUAUCACCAAUAUCCGUUAUUGUUACUACAAGGAAUCUGAAAAAAUUUUGGGUACUACUUAUGGAAUGUUGGUUUUGCAAGAUUUUGAGGCAUUGACUCCUAAUAUCCUUGCACGCACAAUUGAGACCAUUGAAGGAGGUGGUGUUGUUGUUCUCUUGCUUCAUAAAAUUAAUUCGUUGAAGCAGCUUUAUACCAUGUCUAUGGAUAUUCACUCUCGUUACAGAACUGAAGCGCACAGUGACGUGACCGCUAGAUUCAAUGAGAGAUUUAUAUUGUCUUUAGGUAAUUGCGAAAACUGUCUCGUCAUUGAUGAUGAACUUAACGUUCUUCCAAUAUCUGGCGGUAAAAAUGUGAAACCUUUGCCUCCCGUUGUAGAGGAGGAUAGGACGACAGAAAACAAGAUUAAAGAUCUCCAGGAAUCCUUAGGGGAAGACAACUUAGCCAGUGAACUUGUUGGGAUUACUCGUACCCUUGACCAAUCCCAUGCUGUCUUAAGUUUCGUGGAAUCUAUUGUUGAGAAAAGUUUGAGAGGCACUGUUUCGCUAACUGCUAGCCGUGGUCGUGGUAAAUCUGCUGCGCUAGGUCUUGCUAUUGCAGCUGCAGUUGCUUACGGUUAUUCUAAUAUUUUUAUCACUUCUCCCAGUCCUGAAAACUUAAAAACUCUUUUUGAAUUCAUUUUCAAGGGAUUUGAUGCGUUAAAUUAUGAUGAGCAUACCGAUUAUGAUAUUGUCCAGUCAACAAAUCCAGCUUUCAAUAACGCCAUUGUGCGUGUUAAUAUUUUUCGCGACCAUCGCCAGACGAUUCAAUAUAUCCGCCCAGAAGAUUCCAAUGUUUUAGGUCAAGCUGAAUUAGUAGUUAUUGAUGAAGCAGCAGCGAUCCCUUUGCCUUUGGUUCGUAAAUUGAUUGGACCUUACUUAGUAUUUAUGGCUUCCACCAUCAACGGCUACGAAGGCACUGGUCGUUCUCUCUCUUUGAAGCUAUUGCAACAACUUAGAGAGCAAUCUCGCAUCAUUUCAGCAAAUGCAAAUAGUUCUGCAAGCGGUUCUUCGAUUAGCGGAAGAACUUUGAAAGAAAUCAGUUUGGAUGAACCUAUUAGAUAUGCAGCUGGAGAUCGUAUUGAGGGAUGGUUAAAUAAAUUGCUCUGUUUGGACGCUACUAAUUAUAUUUCCAAGUCUGCAGCUCAUGGAUUUCCCCAUCCUUCUGAGUGUUCAUUAUUCCGAGUUAGUAGAGACACAUUGUUUUCUUAUCAUCCUGUUUCGGAAGCGUUUCUACAACGCAUGAUGGCUCUUUACGUUGCAAGUCAUUACAAGAAUUCUCCAAAUGAUUUACAACUAAUGUCUGAUGCUCCUGCUCAUCAAUUAUUUGUAUUACUGCCUCCUGUUGACCCGAAGAAUCCCAAAUUACCUGAUCCUAUCUGUGUUAUUCAACUAGCUUUAGAAGGUUCUAUUUCGAGGGACUCCAUUUUAAAUGGAUUAAGUAGAGGUCAAAGAGCAGGUGGUGACUUAAUUCCUUGGCUCGUUUCUCAACAAUACCAAGAUGAAAAUUUUGCUACAUUGGGUGGUGCUCGUAUUGUCCGUAUUGCGGUUUCUCCCGAGCAUACAAAGAUGGGAUACGGUACUAGAGCUCUAGAGUUAUUGCAUGACUACUUUGAAGGUAAAUUCGUUAGCGUUUCUGAAGAUUAUCGUCCUCCUCUUGAAAAUAUGAAGCGAGUUUCUGAUGAAGAACUUCAAGAAAACGCACUACAAACUGAGAAGCUUAAUGUCCGAGAUGCUAGAACUAUGCCACCCUUACUCUUGAAAUUAUCAGAACUUCAGCCAGAAUAUCUUCAUUAUAUGGGUGUUUCCUAUGGUUUGACCCCAACAUUGCAAAAGUUUUGGAAGAGAGAGGGUUAUUGUCCAUUAUACCUCAGACAGACUGCCAACGAUUUGACUGGUGAACACACAUGUGUUAUGCUUCGACCUUUGGCAGAACGUGAUACCGAGUGGUUGGGUGCUUUCGCACAAAACUUCUAUAAGAGAUUCUUGACUUUACUUGGUUACCAAUUCAGAAGCUUUACCGCUAUUACUUCAUUGAGUAUUUUAGACGCCUGUAACAAUGGUACCAAAUACAUCAAGUCUGAAGUCCCCAAGCUAUCUGAUGAAGAAAUUCACCAAUUCUUUGAAUCUUUCGAUUUAAAGCGAUUGGAGGCAUAUGCCAACAAUUUGCUUGACUAUCAUGUAGUUAUGGAUUUGCUUCCUAAGGUAGCUGGUCUCUAUUUUAGUGAUAAAUUCCCUGAGACUGUUAAGCUUUCACCUGUUCAACAAUCUGUUUUGCUUGCCCUUGGUUUACAAUUCAAGACGAUUGAUGACUUGGAACGGGAAUUUAACUUACCUUCGAACCAAUUAUUGGCUAUGUUGGUUAAGUUAUUGAAGAAGAUUACCACUUGCUUAGAUGAAAUUGAGAGCAAGAAUAUCGAACAAGAUUUGGAAGCCAAUGAGAAAAUUGAGAAGCCAAAUAACAGAGUUCCCGAAUUUGCUCCUCUUCAGCAAUCACUUGAAGAAGAAUUACAAGAAGGUGCUGACGAAGCUAUGCUAUCCCUUCGUGAGAAACAAAAAGCCUUAAUUGAUGCUAUGGAUUUGGACAAGUAUGCUAUUGGCGGAAAUGAAGAAGAUUGGAAGAAGGCUGAGCAACAAAUCAAUAAAACUAAAGGUAAGGGAUCUACCGUGGUUAGUGUGAAAGGUCAAAAGAGAAAAAAUGAAGUUGAAGAAGCAAACAAACCGAAGCAAUCUUCAAAGGAGAAGUCUUCUAAAAAGAAAUCAAAGAAUUAAUUAGAAUUUUUUUGGGGUUUUUGUGGUUUUGGGUUAUGGAACUGUCUAUCAUUCAAUAACAUUAUGUUUAAUAGUGAAUAGUGAAUUUGUAAGCCAAAGAGAUGAG